AUGGCAAACAUAUAUACGCUAAAUGAAAUAAAUAAUGGGACACCCUUGGUAUCUGGCAAUAAACUUGGAGAUUCACCAUUUAAUCGUUAUCCAUCUAGCCGAACUGAGCUUGAGAACCAACGUUUAAAACAUGAUCUAGAUAUCGCUUUAAGCUCAGGUAUUCAGCUUGGCACUAGAAACAGUCUCUUGAUAAAAAAUAAUGAGAGUUUUUCAGAGCGUGUAUGCCAGCUUGAAGAUGAGGCGAGAGAAUUCAAAAAUGAGAUUAAUCAAAAAGAGAUUUCUCUUGCAAGUACUAGGAGCGAGAUCGCUACAAAAUUAGAAGAGAUACAAGCUCUCAAAUCAAGAAUAGAGGAAUUAGAGCAGGAUGUUUCUUUGGUACAAAAGAGAUUAUCAGAGAUGGAUUUUCUUAAGCGUAAAUCUGAACUGGAAUACAUAAAACUAUCUGACGAAAAUAUUAGUUUAGAAUUGGCAAAUACGGAGUUAAAAGAUACACUGGCCAAAAAAAAGGAUGAAUUAAUGCGGGUGAGAGAUGAUUUACUUUCAGCACAAAAGGUAGUGAUAGAGAAAGAUUCUCUUCUUCAAGAAACUAAUUCUCUUUUAUUAGAGCAUAUUUCAAAAACAUCCAGCGAAUCUAAGCAAAAUGAAGCGAUUGGAGGUGAUAAAGGACUGGAGAAAG